GGUUUUUAUCAGCGGCUACAUUUGCAGAGGGAGCCGCGUAUAGCAAGCUAGCCCAGUGUUUUAAAAAUGCAGCCAGGCUAACCAGCCGCGCAUCUACGGUCUCAUGAGGUGGACUACCAUUUAACAUUUCUUCGUCCUCCUCUCCUCCCUCCACCGGCCCGUGGUUUUACGCAGGAGGACACUGUUAUGGUGCCGGAGAAUGGAAACGGACGACGUGUCGGUUAGAGAGCAACUUUUCCACAACCGCGUCCGGGAGACUAUAAUCUGCGUCCUCCUGUUUACCUGUCUCUACAUAUUGUGCUACCUCAUACUCACCCACUUUAGGAAGACUGCUGAGUUUGUCACAGAUGACAUCGAAGAUGCCACCGUCAACAAAAUUGCGCUGUGGCUGUGCACGUUCACCCUCUCUGUUGCAGUGUGCGCUGUGCUCCUUCUCCCCAUCUCCAUCCUGUCCAAUGAGGUGUUGCUCACCUUCCCACAGAGCUACUACAUGCAGUGGCUCAAUGGAUCUCUUAUCCAUGGCUUGUGGAACUUAGUCUUUCUUUUCUCCAAUUUGUCCCUGGUCUUCCUCAUGCCCUUUGCGUACUUCUUCACGGAAUCUGAGGGUUUUGCAGGGUCCAAAAAGGGGGUGAUGGCUCGUGUGUAUGAAGCAGUUGUGCUGCUGUUGCUGCUGGCUCUGCUGGUGCUGGGCAUUGUGUGGGUGGCAUCAGCCCUUCUCCACGACAACAUGGCCAGGGAGAGCCUCUAUGACUUAUAUGAAUACUACCUUCCCUACCUGUACUCUGGAAUUUCUCUCUUUGGAGUGAUGCUGCUUUUGUUGUGCACCCCAUUUGGGUUGUCCCGGAUGUUCAGUGUAACUGGCAGCCUGCUGGUCAAGCCACGGCUGCUGGAAAAUGUUGAAGAGACUUUGAGCUGCACAUCAUUUGAGGAGGCUUCGCUCUCCAGGAAGCUGAACUGCAGCAGUACGUCAUGCUGGGUCAAGCUGAAUAUGGAGGCAAUGAAAAGGGAGUACCAAACGGCCCGGAGCAAGCGCAUCGCCCUGGAGAUGCGUAGAAAAGCGUCCCCAUGGCAACGCAACCUGGGCUACCCACUGGCCAUGUUGCUACUCUUAGCUCUGACGGUGAUGUGCGUGCUGAUGGUCUGUUUUAAUGUGCUGGAGCUGCUUUUUGACGAGACAGCCAUGCCCAGAGGAAUGGAGGACCCUCGCCUGGGGAAGACCUCCUUCUCCAUGUUUGGUUCGCUGGGAGCUGCAGUGCAAGUAGUCCUCAUCCUCUAUCUGAUGGUGUCUUCGGUUGUGGGCUUCUACAGCUCUCCCCUCUUCACCAGCCUGCUGCCUCGUGCACAGGACACCAACCUCACACAGAUAAUUGGGAACUGCGUUUCACUGCUUGUUUUGAGUUCAGCACUGCCAGUGUUUUCACGCACACUUGGGAUCACCCGCUUUGAUCUCCUGGGAGACUUUGGUCGGUACAACUGGCUCGGGAACUUCUACAUUGUUUUUUUGUACAACAUGCUGUUUGCUGGCCUCACCUCUGCCUCCCUCAUCAAGACAGUCACCUGGGCAGUACAGAGAGAGCUCAUCCGUGCCUUUGGUCUCCACAGACUGCCCCUCACUGUUUCACGCUCCACCAUCCCCUUUAGACUGCUCCUUGCCAGUGGACUAUCUAAGAUACAGUGAUUUUUGUUUUUCUUACCACUGCCUUUGCUACAUUGUGGAACCUGAGCAUCCUCGAAUGUGUACCAGUUGGAUCAAAGGCAUUAUUAGUUCAGUCCUCCAACCAAUCGGCAUGCGAUUUGACGCCGAGUGAAGAGUUUGGAGAGGAGUCUGUCUGCACUUUGUUUGGUAGCUCUGCUUGGAGCUGUGACCAGUACGAGUUCAGGACCAGUACAAGUUGAUGUGUGGAGCAACCUUUGCCUGGUUAUUUGACUAUAAGGACAAAUAUUGCCACAAGCAAUAACCUUAGUCAUCAUAAUAACUGAAAAAGGGAACAAAGGAUCAAGGCCAUACUGGGAGACCUGCCAUACUGUGACAAUAACAGGGCACCCCACAAAACCCGAUGCCUUAUGAAAAACGGAUCCAUCAGAUGUCCGUUGCUCUGUGGACACGUGAAAGUCAGCAGAGUUAUUUUGAAACAUUACAUUGUAGCUGUGACACAAUUUCCUUUUCCUGCUCUAGGUUGUGCGAGUGCUCUUUUCUCUGUAGCUUCCCCACGCUUUCCCCUCUCUCAUGUUGAACCACUAUUUUUAAGAUUGGGAAUCUCUUUCAGGCCUGUGUCGGUCUAGUCUGUACUGGUGUUAGUUAAUGAGAGGAAGUUCUUAAUGGGAGCAAACGGGGCACAGAGUAACUUGUCUAUCCAUUAAUCCACAGAUGACACAGAGAAUGUGACAGGGUAAUAGUCUCAAUUUCUGCCUCUUUUGCCAGAGUUUAUUCAUAGAAUAAAAGAGCAUUUUCUGUGGUCGUCUCAUUGAGAACGCUUUUACUUUUCUAGUUCACUGUGAGCUUAUUGGGGCCGGAGACCUCUCUGAUUUAGAACAAUACAUAAAAAAAGAGAGCUUUAUACUUUGUGUUUUGAAAGACUUUAGGGUUCCUGAUGCCAAGUUACACUCACUGGGAGGAACUUAUGCCUUAGACCAAUCAAACUGUGAAUUAUUCUUAUGAAAUUGGGGGAAACUGGGAGGAAAAGUGCAAUAUAUUUUACUUAAAAGCCCACUUUUUUUUAACUUCACCAAAAGUUAUAGCUUAAUUCAAAAAUUCAUGAAAUUAUCUGCCAAGUGUUAUUUCCUCAUCUUGUUUCAUUUGUUUAGCUGGAAUUUUUCUGUGGACAUUAGGUCAAUGUCUAGGAUAAUUUCAUAUUUAUUCCUCAAACAAAUGUGACUAUUUUUCCAUGCAAUCCAUUCCAGUGUCAGUUUUUAUGUAUUGAUAAUGUAUAUUGAAUUGAUUGCCGCUGUUUAUGAUUUUCAGUGUAUUGGUGAUCCUGUGUCACCGUUUGCCUUUGCUGUAUCAGCAGCUUAUUAGCUUUUAGCUUGACCAGCAGGGGACAGUGUCUCCCAAACCCAGUGUCAGCCUCUGUGUGUGUAAAAUUUUACGAGGUUCUUCUCUGCCUGGUCAGUCAUUAUAUGGAGCACUCUGAUGAGGUUUACUCAUUUCACUUUGUCUGGGAAUUUCUUUUGGUUUUGGGAGCACAAAGUUUAAAAAGUACUGUUUUUGUCAUCAUUUAAGGGCAUGUUGGGACAGAAUCAUCUUUGGUGUACACACUGAGUUAUUAGCCAUGGCAUUUUAACAGCUGUUCAAAAAUAAUGAGAUGAUACAGUUGAAAACGUAAAGAAAGAUCUUUAGAGUCGUUCUCAAAGAUGACAAUAACGUUUUAUGGUUUACUUUUAAAAUGCUCUGAUAUUUCAGAUUUUCUCAAAACUGAAUUUUCUUCCAUAUUGUUUUAUGAGCAAAAAAGCAAUAAAAUGUUAUGUUUUUCUAAGG